AAACUCAUUUUAACCGUGUUGGGUUAUUAUUUUUGUUUGUGUUAUUAGUGGUGCGCCGUGUCUCCCGCCCCCUUUAUAUCGUGACGUUUUACAGAUUCCUUGCGAGUGUCAUUUCUCUGCGUAUCUUUUUUAUUUUUCCUGCUCAACGCAUAUUCAUCACCGUGCUCGCUGUGUGUAACGUUACACCUGGCUCCGCAGCCGCUGUUUACCUCGGUCUCUUGUCACCAGUCGGCUUAUACCUGCAAAGUCCUGACUUCAGAAAUACGAAUCGCGACUGACUCUCCGAUGCUCCAUCUUUUUUACGGGUAACUUCAGAGAGGACAUCGGAUGAUGCUUUUCUGCGUCUGUUUUUCUGCCAUGCACCGACUCCUCACCGAAAGCUGCCAGAGCUGUGGUUAACGCGAGCUGAGAGAAGCUAGCGACAGAAGAAGGAGAACCAUUUGAUGGAAGAAAAGAAAAAGAAAAGACAAGAAGAAAAGACCAAGAAAGACACCGCUCAGAAAAAGGCUGCUGAUCAGAAACCCAAAGUGCCAGAGCCUGCUCCCAUUAAGCCCAGCCCCGGCCCAUCCCACCACCUCCACCCUGCCAGCCUCGCGCUGCCCCUCUCCUCCUCUUCUUCUUCUGGCAAUGGCAAGCACACCUCCUCCAGUAGCCAGCUCCCGACUCAGACUCCCCCUCUACAGCAGUGCCAGUUGUCCUCUGCCAGUGCUCGCUACCCGCCCAGAGAGGUGCCCCCGCGCUUCCGCCAGCAGGAGCACAAGCAGCUACUGAAGAGAGGCCAGCCACUGCCUGCAGGAGCCCUCAGCGCUCUGACCCUCUCCUCCUCUUCCACCUCCUCAACUUACUCCUUUUCUACGAGUACAAGCAGCACUACCCCAAACUCUGCCACGUCCACUGCGGGCAAACACCACCCAGACAUAUCCCUCCAGUGUGGCUCUGGUGCCCAGUAUGAGACCUCUCGUUGGGGAGCCUCUUUGCCAGUUGAAAGCCCAACCAGUGCUAACAGCUGGGACAAAGUGAUUAUUGACGAAAGUGACAAAGAAACUUGGAACUACAUCAGCCACAAUAGUGACCCCAACAACUCUGCAGCACUAGAAUGCCCCUUAGGCUCAGCCAGCUCUAACCUAGACACCAGUGCUAUCAGUAUAUCAAUGAGUAUGGCCACAGGUGCCGCCGGCCAGCAGGCCCACUACACCUCUCUCAAAGCUAACAAUAAUAUGAUGACGGGACCUGGGUCAGCCAAUACACUAGCUGGUAAUAGAGGCUGGAGCUCUGAUGUGAAACAAGAAAGUAUGAAUGGUGGUCGAGUAGGAGCACCCAAUAACUGGGGCGCUCCCAAUUUUAACUUGAAUCUCAAUCCCAAUGCCAACCCAUCAGCAUGGCCUGUGCUGGGCCAUGAAGGUGGUGAUCCCAAUGGAGUCUCUAACUCUGCAUCUCUCCCACCAGGUAUUAAUGGCAAUGGAAACAUGGGAAAUGGGAGCCCAGGAGGUACUGAUAAUGGUGGGGGAGGUUGGGGUGGCAUGCUAAGUCCCAAUGAAAAUGAUCAGCGCCCUUCAUGCAACACAAGCUUGUCCUUCAAUAUGGACCUUAACACUGAUGGACCAAACCACACUAAGCCACAACAGCAAGUUCAAGAGCCUAUGAGCCCUAUCCACGGCUUAACUGGCUGGGGAGGCCAAUCACCCACCGAAUCAUCCCAGCUCAAUGGGGACAAAACAAGCACCUCUUUAUGGGGUGGUGGAGAAACAAAGGCAGCUGACUCUCCCAAGGACUCAGGCUGGGACUCAAAUCCUUCAAGAGGGCAUUCUGCCUGGGGCCGCCAAGGCAGUGGUGGAGGGAGUAGUGGAAGUGGUGGCUGGGGUGACUGGGGGAAAUCUGCUGGGGGUGGAGAUGGAUCUAAAGGCUGGGACUCAGUAGAUGCUGGUAGUUCAGGUUCAGGCCAAGAGCAGCCACUUAGUUCAUGGGGCCAGCAGCCUGGAACAGCACCAGCAAGUGAUGGUAGUGGAGACAGCAGUGAAGGUAGAUCCCAGCAGAGAGACAGGUCCUCCAGCAUGGAGUUUACCCCUGGGCCACCCCGACAGGACCUGGACCCUAGGGUGCUGAGCAACACAGGUUGGGGACAGACCCCCAUUCGACAGCACACUGUAUGGGAGAUGGAAGAAGCCAGUUCUGAUGAUAGCAAGAGCAACAGCAGCUCUGUAGGAGGCUCCAGCUCUAAUGGGGGACCUUCAUCCACCAAUGGAGGUACCAUUAAUCCCAACAUCGGCUCUAGACAGCGCCCUGGGUCUGGGGGAAAAAGUGACAAAGGAGAAUCAUCAUCCUCUGGUUGGGGAGCCCCUCCACCUCAGCCAAUCCAGACUGGAUCAGGAUGGGGAGAACCUCCACAGUCACUUAACAAAGCCUCAAAUGGCACUACAAAUAACUGGGGAGACCCUUUGACCACAAAUGGUCAUAAAAGUGGGGGCACACCGUCCUGGGGUUCUGAGGACAAGUCACCAAAUUGGGAAGAUGGCCCUAAGAAAAGUCAGCCUACUAGCUGGGGUGAAGGCCCCAAAAAUAACCAUGGACGGGGAAGGAGUAAUGGUGGUUCCAAUGGCCCCAGCACAGGAGACUGGGGAGAAAAAGAGGUAAAAAACAAUGGUUCCUCCAGCAGCAUGUGGGAAGGAGAAGGUGGUAAUGGAGGAAAUGGUGGAUGGAAGGAUAGUCCCAGAGGAGGAAAUAGAGAAGGAGGCUGGAGCAAGCCUGCUCCUGCUGUGAGUAAUAGCAGCUGGGGGGAGAACCCACGUUCUAAUGGCCCAGUACAGGGAGGCUGGGGAUCAUCCAAGCCCCAGGAAAGCAGCAGCAGCAGCAGCAGUAAUGGAAGUGGUGGAGGAGGAGGAGGAGGAGGAGGAGGAGGAGGCGGCGGAGGAGGCGGCGGAGGCAGCAUUGGUUCUUGGGGUGGUCCUGGUUCUGUGAAACAGAACACCUCUACCUGGGGAAAUGUCAGCAAACAGGAGCAAGUCAAGGAAACCAGUGGCUGGCUGGAGCCCUCCCCUCCCUCCGUCCGUAGGAAUAUGGAGAUUGAUGAUGGAACAUCAACCUGGGGCGAAUCCACUACCUUCAACAAGUCUGCCAACAUGUGGGAUCGCAACAAUCCCAAUAAUGACCAAGGCAACAGCGGCUCAACUCCCAGUAAGAAUGGUGGCAUGAUUAUGCCCAACAAUAACAUCAACAAUCACUCUGUCAGCCCUGGGAACAACAAUCACCAUCAUACUCACCACGUGCACCACCAUCCCCAUCAUGGCCAACCCCCAACUCACCUGCAACACCAUGGAAACAACAAUGGGUCACCCAACAUUGCUGUCUCACAUCAAGGUCCUGGUCCCCAAGGCAGACCCCCGCUUGCCAACCCAGGCUGGGGAGAGCUUCCCAGUGUUCAGCCCAAGUCUGAGCCUGCUUGGGGAGAGCCAGCAGCUCCAACAUCAACCGUAGACAAUGGUACCGCUGCCUGGGGCAAGCCCCAAAGGGGAGUAGGAAUGUGGGGAGAUGGCAGUCAUGAGUCCUCUGGACCCUAUGGCAGGGCCAACGGGCCCCAAGGUUCUACGCCCUGCAAGCCAGGCCCAAAACCUAUGCAAGAGGGUUGGGGAAAUGGAGGAGAGGAGAUGGGCAUGUCUACCAGCCAAUGGGACACUGAGGAUGGGGACAUGUGGAACAGCCCCACCUCCCAGGAGAGCAGCUCCUCCUGCAACUCUUGGGGCAAUGGACCCAAGAAAUUCCCAAGCAAGGGGAAGAUGGGCAACAAGCCAGAUGAGGCUUGGAUCAUGAAUCGUCUCAUCAAGCAGCUCACUGACAUGGGCUUUCCGAGAGACCCUGCUGAGGAAGCUUUAAAGAGCAACAACAUGAACCUUGACCAGGCCAUGAGCGCCCUGUUGGAGAAGAAGACGGACCUGGACAAGAGGGGUAUGGGCAUGUCUGACUACAGCAACGGCAUGAACAAGCCCAUGGUGUGUCGGCCCUCAGCACUCUCCAAAGACCCCUCUGACCGCAACACCUUUCACGACAAGGAUGGAAUGCUGUCAGACGAGGCCUCCCCAUCACCGUUUCUGCCUUCCCCCAGCCUGAAGCUCCCCCUGGCCAAUAGUAGCCUUCCCGGGCAGGGUCUGGGACAGGGCAACCCGGGGCUGGCCAUGCAAAACUUGAACAACAGACAACAGAUACCCAGUGGAAUGUUUGGCAGUAGUGGAGCAGCACAAACCCGGGCCAUGCAGCAGCAGCAGCAGCAGCAGCAGCAGCAGCUACAGCAGCAGCAGCAGCCUCCUCAGCCACCUGUGCAACCUCUCAGCUCCUCCCAGCCUAGUCUACGUGCUCAAGUGCCUCCGUUUCUCACCCCUCAGGUCCAAGCACAGCUCUUGCAGUUUGCAGCAAAAAACAUAGGUCUGAACCCUGCACUUUUAACCUCACCAAUAAACCCUCAACAAAUGACCCUGUUGUACCAACUUCAGCAACUGCAAAUGGCGUACCAGCGUUUACAAAUCCAGCAGCAGAUGAUGCAGGCGCAGCGCAAUGUUUCCGGGCCCAUUAGACAACAAGAGCAGCAAGUUGCACGUACAAUCACCAACAUGCAGCAGCAGAUCCAGCAGCACCAGCGUCAGCUUUACCAGGCGCUGCUGAUGAAGCAGCAGCAACUUCCCUCUCAUUCCUCCUCCUCUUCCUCCUCCUCUGGUCUGCAUCACCCUGGUGGCCCCACUGGAGGCCAUGGCUCCGGCAAAUCAAGCCUGGACCCCUUCACAGGCUCACACCAGGCUCCGGGCCUCGUUGACACAAUGCACACCAAAGAGCUGCCAUCUUCGCCCAAUGCCUACAGCUCCUACUCCCUUUCUGGACUGAAUCCAAACAUGAAUGUAAACUGCAUGGAGGUCGGGGGUCUGUCCCUGAAGGAGCCCCCUCAGCCCCAAUCCCGCCUGUCCCAGUGGACACACUCCAACUCCAUGGACUCUGGCAACUCCUCAAACAUGGAGCACAACCUCAAUAAGCAUGGUGCCAUAUCUGCUGCCUCCAAUCUGGGCCCCCCUGGGAAGCCCCCCCAUCUAGACGACUCCUACAGCCCUUACAAUCUUAUGUCCGGCUCUGACUCCCCCACCAGCCCCCUGGUACCCCAUGACAGUUGGGGCCAGGGCAAGAGCCCCAAUGAAAAGAUCACAAACGGAACCAACAUUAACUGGCCCCCAGAGUUCUGCCCAGGUGUCCCAUGGAAGGGCCUUCAGAACAUUGACCCUGAAAAUGACCCCAACAUGACUCCCGGCAGCGUCCCCAGCGGUCCCACCAUCAACACCAACAUCCAUGAUGUCAACCGAUACUUGCUGCGGGACCGGAAUGGAGGUAAACUCUCUGACAUGAAGUCCACCUGGUCCCAAGGGCCCAUCUCACAGAGCCAAGGCUCACUGUCACAUGAGUUGUGGAAAGUCCCCCAGGGGCCACGCAGCUCUGUAGCUCCUUCCAGACCCCCACCAGGCCUCACCAGUAGCAAGUCCUCUUCUACCUGGGGCGGCAACUCGCUGGGCCUGGCCCAAGGCUGGAGCAGCUCUUACACCUCCGAGGGAACCACCUGGAGUACUGACAGCCCCACCAGGACAAGCAGCUGGCUGGUGCUGAGGAAUCUCACUCCACAAAUUGAUGGUUCAACUCUGCGGACCCUUUGCAUGCAGCACGGCCCCCUGGUCACAUUCCACCUCAACCUGACCCAGGGAAACGCCGUGGUACGCUACAGCUCCAAGGAUGAGGCCGCCAAGGCCCAGAAGUCUCUGCACAUGUGCGUGCUUGGAAACACCACUAUCCUUGCGGAGUUUGCCGGCGAGGAGGAGGUGAACCGCUUCUUUGCACAAGGUCAGUCACUAGCGGCAAACACCACUAGCUGGCAGGCCAACCCGGGAACCAAUCAAAACCGAAUGGGCGGAGCGCCACAGUCCCACUCCAUUGGCCAGUGGAGCAGCGGUGGCAGCAAGAACAGCGGCAACGACCUGCUGUGGGGCGGAGUGCCUCACUACUCCAGCCUUUGGGGACCGCCGAGCGGAGAGGACGCCCGCGUGAUCGGGAGCCCUACCUCCAUCAACACCCUGCUGCCUGGAGAUCUACUGAGUGGGGAGUCCAUGUAGGAUGAUGCCACGAUACACUAACCGACCGACCACCGUGUCAUGUAAGCCAAUCGGUGGUUGAUGAGGUGGCAAAAAAUACAAAACAAACAAAAAGAUUUAAGUGAACAGGAGCAAAACCCAAGCAAAUCAUGUGGCGAUAAUCAGUAUCAAUUUGAACUGUUUUGAACUGUGAAAUGUGACUCAGAAGGAAGGGGGGUCCCUACCACAGACUGCAGACUCCACUCCUUCUGUUUUACUUUUAUCCUUCUGUUUUUAUUUCUUUAAUUUUUUUAUGGAAAGCGGCAAGUUGUUUUCCUUUUGGUAUUUUUGAAAUGCUUCAUAUAAAACAAACUGAAACGAGAGACACAACACAAAGAAACCUUAUAAGUAUUUUUAGUUUUUCCAUAAGUGUACAUGACAUUCUGUGCGAAGUGUUUUUAGGAGAAGCAAUCAGAGCUGCCAUCUGAGACUUUCCUUUUCCCUCCCAAAAAAGAAAACGAAUCAUCCAAAAAUAAGACUUAAAACGACCAUUCCCAGCAUGUCCAUGGCCAAUGAUGCGGUUCGAAGACCUUUACUAGUUAUGUCAACGUUGUUUUCUCAGCACUAAUAUUAGCCUUAAGUGCUCUCUGGCCCAGGUCCCAUGUUUGUUUUGUAACUGAAGAAAUAGCUGAAAUCUUGCACAGUUUCAACUCUGAGCCAGCAAGUGGUACAGGACACAAUUGGUGACUAACUCUGUCACUGGGCAGUUAGAAGGCCUGGCCAUGUGACUGGCCCUGCCAAUCAUCAGCUUAAUGAUUUUAAUUUGCCUUCUCAAAGGAAUUCCUCAGCUCUUUAAUGUUCUUUUUUUUAUUAGGUUUAGACCCGAGCGCAUUUUUGAUAUCUGUCCCAACAUAUAAGCUGAGAGAAGAUUAUUCAUCAACCUUGUCUCUGUUUUCAUACAUGACCUGUGUAUGUCCGGUGGUGCCCAAUCACUGAUGUCUGCGAGCCCAGAUCCUUCUGGUCACCUUCGACUGGGAACUCACUGGUUCUUUGUUGAAUUUUCAAUUAUCCAGUUUGAUAUGAAGCCCAGUGGUCUGAAUGAUCAUCAAGUUUUUUUGGGCAGUUCAUUGUGCAAUAUACAUGAUAGACUUUUCUUCCGUCCAUACUCGAUGUCCACCGGAGCUGGUUUCUCUUAUAUUUUUAUUUUCUUUUUUUGAUUGUUGCUGAUUGCAGCAAAAGACUUUGGAACUCAAAAAGAAAUUACCACCAUACCCCCUUUUCACAACUUGGAUUCCCUCCAGGCUGCCAAUCCCCCUGAUACUGUUGGGUAAACUCUGCAAAGAGGAAGAAGCAACUUUUGAACUGUGCAUACAGCCAACUGUACUGAAGAGUGAAACUGGGUACACACAUGCAUUCUUCCUCUCUGCGUGCCACAGCCACACCCAACAGAGACUGAAUCUACAGUGGGAUUGGAUGGUUCUGGGUAUCUGGCACAAUACCAAAUAAGAGGGGUUUCUCCUAAUGCAGUAAACCUACGAGUGUUCCUUGCGUUUGGUACUGUGUAAACAGAAGAGACUAAGACUUUUAUAAAUUCAAAGGGUUUUAUCAUAGCACUUAUGAAGAGCAAAUCGCUUCAACUGCAAUCCAAUAAAUCAAAAAAAGGAGCAGCAAAAACAUAGGAAAAAAAACAAAAAAAAAACUGCUCUUUUAUGUACUGUAUCAACUUCUUGGAAAUGUGUCUGGCGAUGUUCCUCUGGUAGCAGGAUGAAGGGAAACAGAACUGAAAUGUACCAUUGGACUUUUGGCGGGGGGAAACUGCAGUCUACGAUUCCCCCCCCCCCCCCCUUUGAACUUUAUCAAAGUGAAUAUCACUGUCACUCCAAAUGUUUUCGCCUUCUUCUGUUUGGAGGCACAAGACAUGCAACGUCAGCUGUCUCUCGACGCCUGCUGGCCCGUCAAGCCGGUCGGUCGGUGGAUGAGUCCAAGUGGGGUGGGGAGGUGGAGUGUCCACUGAGUGCCUCUAUGUUGUGGUCCUCUGGGUGUCAAGCGGCAGCCCCACUUCCUCCCGGGCUCCACUUGACCAUCCCUUAGUCUGGCAAGAAAGCGGUUCCUCCGAGGCUCGGCCAAUCACGGCCCUCUGCCACGCAAACACGGGCGGCAUCUCAAAACGGGGGGCCCGCCACCACUCAACCCUGCGGUCGUCCUGCCCUCCCCCCCUCAUCUCUCAGUUCUUUGACACAAAGAUCACUUUAGCUGGAAGAUGUAAUAGUCAUAUUUCUGGAAUUUUUGCCAGUGUACUUUCUUUUCUUUUUUUUUUGAAAAAAAAAGGAUGAUUUGACUUUGUUUCCAAUGUGUUCAAUUGUUACUUUUUGUCUAAAUGCAGUGGUCUACAAUAUACUGGCUGCUGACUAGCCCUUCACUGUUCAUAUGCAGAAACACUUUGGUCAGAGGUGCCUCUGUAUGUUCAUCCUGUGUAUUGAAUGCAAAACGAGGAUCAAUACUACAGACCGUAAUUGAUUGUCUAUUUUUUUUUUUUAAAUGAUAAUGCUUUUGUGUUGGACAGUAUUCUGUAGUACUUCCAGGUAGUACCUUGAGAUGUGUAAAAAAAAAAAACAGAAAAAGAAAAAAAAGGGGUGUGGGUGUGUGUCGCUCCAAGCUGCUCCGCCUGUCCGCAGGCUGUCCCCCCUUACCCUUUGCCUAGCUGCUACGCUAUAACCUCCUCACCUCCACCACCUCAACCAGACCCAGUAGCCCCCCCCCCCCCCCCCGACCAGGCACCGACAGGCCCUCGUAUCUGUUUCUAUGCAAAAGACUAGAGGCUGGGGCCCUUUACAGCACGCCAAACCCGACUCUGGAAUGAGCUUGGCAAACCCUGACACUUGUCCCUGGUGGGCUCCUGUAAGCACUUCGGCUUGGCCACCGUUUCUGUAAAGUCAGGCGAAGCCACCAGAACACUGUCGUAUACUUAAAGUCCGAACACUUUUAUCAAAAGGUCGAACUUUCUCUCUGCGCUGACGACACUUCUGUCCAGCUUGAUCUCAGGGUUGGGGAGUUGAUGAUUCCAAGCACGAGAUGCAGCUCUCCGUAUCUGUCCUUUCUACUGUGAGAGCGAAGUCUUAGAUUUAAAGGCCAUCUGUGUAACAAUCUGUACAGACCUCAUGCCUCGAACUUAAUCCUGAUUGGAGGAGAAAAGGCUUGUAUUCAAUCCUUUUCUCGAAAGGUGGCCUACAGCUGCUGUUUGGAGGCCUAUUAUUGCAUGUACAAGAUGCCAAUGUAACGUGCCAAUAUAAAUUUGCUGUGUCAUACCGUGUCUUUGUAGACAGCACUUCUGUUCUUUACUCGGAGGAGCUUUGAUAACCUUUGCGGAGGGUGCAGCGGGGGACAGGAGGGAACAAACAAAUGGGCGGCAGCAUCACACCCUGAAAUGACUGAGAUUUUUUUUUUUUUUAUGCUUUUGUGGGGAACACCCCAUGCUAAGGAGAGAGUCUACUCAGUUGGGGGUUCCAGUUUGCUACAGUGCACAGUUGCUGAUGGGUAAUCCCGGGUACAUAUUUUUUUAAAACCAAAAAUGAAAUCGCAUUUUAACGUCAUUUUUAUGAAGUUUGACAUAAAAAUCUUAAAAAUGCUAAAAAAUCUAAAUGAAAAAAAAAAAAAGAUCUAUAAUAUGUUAAAGCUCUGCACUUAUAGCUGAAACGUCUCCGGCCAUCAGCUUCUACUACCACCAUCUAAAAGGGGUAGACCAGUGGCCGGGGUGCCUUUUUUGUGGAUGCUGUAUUUAUCUUGUUUUUAUGUUUGUGUCCUGCUCAAAGCGGGCCCACUGAACUGUACAUUUCCACAGACCCAGAUGGCUUGGGCCCACUGCAUCAGCCUCAACUCCGCUCACUCUGCAUCAGCAAGAGGGGAGGAGGCACAUUUCAAGAGGUACAAAGUCUUAAAAAUCAUUUAAAGAAAAAAUGUUUGAAAAUUUAAAAAAAAUAAAAAUAACAAGAAAACGGGAAAAGGCUACCUUUCAGGACUUGCAGUCCUGCAGCACACAAGCAAAAAUCACUAUUGCCUGUUUCUGUAACUGCCUUGAUCCAAGCUCAGACAGACCCAAUAGCCGAGGACCUCCCAGCAUCCUGUACUAACUGGAGAACCCUGACAGUGAAGGGGGUUUCCCAUGCUGCACCAGCAUCGAGAGGGUCUCCUCUCUACAGCUCUGUUCUAGAUAACAGUAUAUAAUGUAUGUAUACACUACAUAUAUGUAUAUGUAUAUACUGUGAGUGUGGUGUGUAGUAUCACCUCUUCUGACUUCUUGGAUCGUAACCUCUGAAACUUUUCGUUUUUGUUUGAAAAGGUCUUGGUUUGAUACACCUGAAAAUGAGCAAUAUGUAUUUUCCCCGCAAAUAAGUGACACAAAGGAAAGAAUUAGGGUCGGGUGUAAACAGAUACUUGAUUGAUUGAAAGCUGCGUCGUUGUUCUACGGAGUUGGAUAUGCACGUUCUGGUUUUGAUGACAUAUUACAGUACUUUGAAGUGCUCGUACUGUAUAUGUGUUUGUUAGUUAGGCCAACCGGAAUCCCCUGGUUUGAUGCAUAUUUUACCCAGUUGAUGAGAGAAAAAAAAAAUCAAACAUAUCAAAACAAAACAUCGAACACAAAUACUUGAAUCAUGGAGCGCCAAUAUCUUAAUGUGAAGUCAGUAAUUCUUUAUAUUUUUUUGUUCUCUCCGUCUGACAGGUACACUUAGGGGCUUUUUAGAGAAUAUCAAAAAUGUAUUGCAUUAAGUUACAAAUACAAAAUCUCUGAAAAAAAAAAUGCAAAAGUCAUCUUAGAUGUGUGCUUGAAGGUCAGAUGUUUGUAUGAAUGUGUGCGCACAAGACCGUGCGCACAGGGCACAGGGCCUGCUGUUAUGUUCCACUCAGUAUGUUAUAUUUUGUCUGUUUUUAUCUUUUCAUUUGUGUCGUUACUUUGUCAAAAACUAUUCUGAUAGACGUUAUCUUCUAACGUUGCACUGAGUGUCUUCUACCCCUCACUCAGCUAAUCGUAGGUAAACGAGUCUAAGUACGGAGGGGAGAUGGUGACAAUUCACGUGUUCAUGUUUACUCAAGGACUUAAUGGAUUUUUUUGAUUCUAUCUGUAAAAAGUUUAUCUACCUUAUAGUGGCUUUUAUUGUGGAAUAAUCCAGUACAAGGGUUAUCAUUGAGUAUUGCACCAUUUUGUUCCAGUUAUACAAUAAAAAUAAGAAAAAAAAAAACUACAAAAAAAAAGACAAAAACUUAAAAAAUGGGGAAAAAACAAAGAACUGUUGCCAUAGAUAGCUGUAGAAGGACUAGUAAUCCCUAUGUUAACUUCAUGUGGAAAUGGAAAAGGGAUAAGAGUGUGGGAGGUGAGUUUGUUACAAGACUCAUUUCAGAGGUGCCUAUCUUUUCUGUUCUCGUUUUUUGCAAAAGCCACUCGUCGUUUACAAGCAUUUCAUGUGUCUGAAGUUCAAGGAAAUAGAAAUUUAUAAACAGGAAUGUUGUGUGAAAAACAAAUGAAAAAAGAAAAAGGACAAAUUUCCUCUACCAUCAAACAUGGACAUGAAAAAACCUUGCAAAAUGAAGAUUUAUGCUUCUUUUCAGAACUCUGGGAUUGAUCAGUGUUGUGUCAUACUUCAGAUUUUGAUUUCUCAUUUUAUUUUUUUUCUCGAUGUUGACAGACUAUCUCUGUGUGUUGAGUUGUGAUUUUAUGUUUCCUGUAAGCGACGGCGUUUGCUUACGAUCUUGCACACUCAUUAAAAAAGAUGUGGAUUUUGUCUCAGGAAGGCCAGGG